AUGCACGACUGCCCUGGGACUGCCGCUCCUCCCGCGGCAUCCCGGGCGCGGCUGCGGAGCCCCGGGGCCCGUCAGCGACCCGGGGCCCAUCAGCCCAUCAGUGCCCCGGGGCCCAUCAAUGCCCCGGGGCCCCGGAGCCCAUCAGCGCCCCGGGGCCCAUCACCCCACCAGAGCCCCGGGGCCCCGGAGCCCAUCAAUGCUCCGGGGCCCAUCACCCCAUCAGCGCCCCGGAGCCCAUCAAUGCCCCGGGGCCCAUCACCCCAUCAGCGCCCCGGGGCCCCGGAGCCCAUCAAUGCCCCGGGGCCCAUCAAUGCCCCGGGACCCAUCACCCCAUCAGCGCCCCGGGGCCGCUCCCGCUGCCAGCGCCGGGCCCCGGCAGGGCUGCGGCCGGCGCUCGGCCUCGCCCCGGCUCCGCAGCUGGCACCGCCCGCGGGCCCGGCCCGGCCCCGCACCGCUCCGCGGGCACCGAGCGCACAGAGGCCGCGGAGCCGCCCCGCACCGCCCGCCCCCGGCUCCUACCGUGCCCGGGCUGCCCGCCGGACCAUGGCCCGGCCCCGCGCCGCGCCGUGCCGUGCCGUGCCGUGCCCCGGGCAGGCCGAGCCCCGCGCCCGCUGCUCCCGGCGCGCCCAGCGGGGCCGGGCCGGCAUCACAUGGCUCAAAUAG